AUGGCGGUGAUGGGCAUCGACGAGACCAACGCUCGGCUGCGUGAUGGCAACGACUACUCAUACAUGAUCGCCGGGCUCGUGUACGUGUCGAGGGUCGUGACUGCCGAAGCUCUACUCCCGUCACUCGACCGCGAAAACCAAGGAGAGGCCGAAUUCGAGGCUUUUCUCGAGCAGCGAAAGGAGUUUCUGGCCGAUGGGUCGAUGAGCGUGAUGGGAGAGAUGUUGAGCUUGCUAGCGUACGGAAAGAAGAUCGCAAAGAACUUCCACGCCUAA